AUGCAGCUGUUUUAUAGCAAUGGUUUGGAUUUUUCAUGUAGUUGUCUCCUGCCACUAUUGUUACUAACCGUUGUGAAGUCGGAUCGGGAACAUGUCGAGCAUGGUUUCAGUGGGAAAUUUAAGAAGGAACAUAGUGCCGAAAGCGAUCAGCAUAACAUCCAUGCUGAUCAUAAAGUUGUUAUAGGCUCUCGAAAAGAAGCCGAAAUUUUCGAUGAUUUGAGUCCUGAAGAAGCAAAACGACGGCUGGCAGUUUUGGCUAAAAAAAUGGAUAAAGAUGAUGAUGGAUACGUAAUCCGGGAAGAGUUAGAGCGAGUGAUCAAGCAGAACAUGAUUUCGUUGGAUUUGGAGGAAUCAAAUGAUCGAUUUCGAGAGAUGGAUACGAAUCAAGAUAAUUUAGUAACAUGGGAUGAAUAUGUGCAGGAAUCGUUUGGUGAUAUCGACCCGGAGAAUGAGAUUAUGGAUGCAGAUGACAAACGUUUGUUGGAGGAUGAUAGGAAAUUUUUCUCUACAGCAGAUCAGGAUAAAGAUGACAAGUUAUCGAAUGCAGAAUUUCAUGCCUUCCAAAAUCCUGAAUCUUUUCCACACAUGCAUGCAGCUUUAAUUGAGGUUACUAUGAAGGAGAAAGAUAAAAACCACGAUGGAAAAAUUACACUGGAUGAGUUUCUGGAUGAUCUAGCAGGGGACCAGAAAUCCGACUGGUACAUGGUAGAAAAAAAUCGUUUUGAAUAUGAUUAUGAUAAGGAUAGAAAUGGCGUUCUUGAGGGUGCAGAAAUUGCAUCUUGGCUUGUAAUGAAUUUAGAAACAACUGCAGCUGAGGAAGUAGAACAUUUAAUGUCGAAAGCAGAUAAAGAUAACGAUGGUCGUCUAUCUAUUGAUGAAAUUAUAAGCGAAUCAGAUCUGUUCGUUGGUUCUGAAGCAACAAAUCAUGGCGAAAAUUUGGUUGACCUAUUACAUGACGAGCUUUAA